UAAAUUCGUAGAACAGACGAACUCGGGGAAGUGUCCGUUUCCCGGCGACGGGUUGUUCCUUCGUCGGGACUACGGUCUGGGCGAGUGAGCGCGCUCGGGAGAAGUGUAGCUGAGGGGGAGAAGGAGGCAAAGGAGAGAGAGAGAGAGAGAGAGAGAGAGGCGUCCGCCUGCCAUGUCGAGCCGCGGCCGGUGGACCACGGAGAGACGAGAAGAGGCCAGCAUCCGCCCGGAAAGCCGCGACUCGCUCCUGUAGGACACCAGGCGGCGGAGGGCCGCGAUGCUGCGGCUGCUAGGCAUGCGCCUGGUGACGCGGCUCCUGCUGCUGGUCUGCUCGCUGUCCAUCGUGUCGCUGCUGUUCCUGGGCCGCUGCGGCCUCAACCUGGAGCCCGACGUGCUGGACCCGGGCACAGGGCCGUCAGUGGGCGGGCAGCAGCAGCUGCAGCAGCAGCAGCAGCAGCAGCAGCCACAGCAGCAGCAGUCGGUGGGCUCGUACGUGCAGCUGCUGCAGCAGAGGGAGGAGGAGAACAAGGCCGAGGUGGAGAGGCUCACCGCCGAGAUAAAGGCUCUCAAGCUGCAGCUGCUCAAAGCAACGGGCAAUGUGCUCGUCAGCUCGCAGCAGCAGGACCCGGCCGGCAACGCGAGCUCGCCGCCCCUCGCCGCCGCCGCCGCCGCCGCCGCCCCCGACUGCGCGGCGUACGUCCGCCGCCAGGUGGAGCUCGCCGAGAUCACGCGCGGCAUCCCGCUCAACAACGAGUACGAGCAGGUCGCCUUCAGCCACUUCACGUUCAGCCGCGUGUACCCCGUGGAGCUGGGGCUGGGCAAGAGGGUGGUCGAGAAGCCCAUCGGCUUCAAGAGGAAGGACCUGCUCGAGGCGCUGGUCAAGGCCAUUGAAGUGCUCAACACCAACGCCACGGCCAAGCCCGCCCGAGCCAAGUACACGCUGGACGACUUCCUGGAGGGCCUGCACCGCACCGAGCCCACCACCGGCACGCAGUACGAGCUGUACUUCAGGCCCAAGGGCGGCGACAAGCCGCACGCCAAGGUCACGCUGAUGCGGCCCUUCGCGCCCUUGCAGCCGGUGGCCGUGGACGGCGUGGUGUCGGCGGCGCGCGACAAGGAGCUCAUCCACAUCGUGCUGCCGCUGGCGGGGCGCACCGCCACCUUCCACGGCUUCAUGGACAAGUUCGUGAAGAUCGCGCUGAAGAACGACCGCCGCGUGCGCCUCACGGUGGUGUACUUCGGUGAGGAGGGGCUGGGCGAGGCGCGCGCGCUCAUGUCGCGGCGCGGCGGCGGGGGCAGCCACCUGCGGCUGCUGGCGCUCAACGAGACCUUCAGCCGCGGCAAGGGGCUGCGCGUGGGCGCCGAGCGCGCAGAGCUGCCCCCGGGCGCCAAGGACGUGCUGCUGUUCAUGUGCGACGUGGACGUGGUGUUCAGCGCGCGCUUCCUGGACCGCUGCCGCUGGAACAGCCGGCCCGGCAGCAAGGUGUACUACCCGGUGGUGUUCAGCCUCUACAACCCGCACGUGGUGUACACCCUGCAGGGCAAGGAGGUGCCCCCCGAGACGGAGCAGCUGGUCAUCUCGCGCGACACGGGCUUCUGGCGGGACUUCGGCUACGGCAUGACGUGCCAGUACAGGUCGGACUUCCUGCGCGUGCGCGGCUUCGACGAGGACAUCGUGGGCUGGGGCGGCGAGGACGUGAUGCUGUACCGCAAGUACGUGCGCAGCCACAUGAAGGUGGUGCGCGCCACCGACCCGGGCAUCUUCCACAUCUGGCACCCCAAGGUGUGCUCGGCGGCGGGACCCGGCGGGCAGUGCCUCUCUGCAGACCAGUACCGCGCCUGUAUCCGCUCGCGGGCGCUCAACGAGGCGUCGCACGCGCAGCUCGGCUUCCUCGCCUUCCGCGACGACAUCGCCGGCAACAACAACAACAGCAACAACAGCAGCAGCAACAACAACAACGGCAGCGCGGCGCGCCGCCAGUGCGACGCCACCUGACCUUCGCCGCCGCGCGCACCCAAGCGGACAGAGUUCUAGGGCCGGCCCCAAGAUGCCGCGAGGGCGGUCCCCCACCCGGCAUUCAGGGAGGGAGGCGUCAACCCCCAGGAACCUCCCUUCAAGGCGCCAGUAUCCUACACUAUUUUGCUCGCAAUAUUCCGUGAUUUUGCACGAGAUUGUGAAUCAGUUCCUAAUAUUACCAUAUAUAUAUAAUUAUUUAUAAUUUUUAUUUUUACUAAACAGUCCUUAUCUUUGGGUUUAAUGUACUCAAAACAAAUUUUUAUGUCAGGCCUAGCACGUAUUGAAAGCAUGAAUAAAUGUGGUUUUCCUUUUUUGAAUUAUCCAUUUGUAUGUAGCCUUCUUUUUAUAUCUUUUUUUUUUGUAUAUUAUUCAAAAAUAAAAUUAAAACAUUGUGUUUUGCUAAAACAGAAACCUUCAUUUUUCAGGGUUUUGACGAAUCUUAAAUCUGAUACUAAAUAUUGAGAGUUUUAAGAUGAGGCCUACAGACGAACGGUUGCUGGAAGUACAUGCUCGGACUUACAUAAACAAUUUUGUCUAAACAAUUAAAUAAAAACAUUUUUAGUAGAAAAAAAAUUUUUAAUUCAUUUAACAUUGUUAUAUUGUGAUUUUUUUUUAAAUCAUCUGCAAAAAUCAUGAAAUAUUUGAAGCAAAAUAAUUUAGAAUACUACGUACCGCCUUUAAAGCUCGGCUUCGCUCAACACAUUGGGUUCUCGCAAUUCCACUUCGUUAUUUUUUUCUUUCAUAGCAGGUCAACGGAUGUUUCAUUGUAUCUGUAUCGGAGAAACAAAUGACCCUCAGUCACGAUUGGGAAACUUUACUGGAGAGUGAUUCAGAGCCGCUCUUUCAACGAUACAUUGUUUUCCAUCGACCUGGCCGGCAGGAAGGAACUUGCGUUUGCCAACAAUGUUCAAUAGCCAUAGCUUCAUAACAUCGCGACUAGACUUAACGUUUGUCUGGGUCAACCUAAGUUUUGGACUUUUACUCUUAUGCUGUACAUAUAUAUUUUUUAAUGUAUUUCGAUGUCAUGGCUCGCUAUAUAUCUAUUUUUUAAGACGUAGCGUACGACGAAACAAAAAUCGCCAGAUUUGGGCUUUGUCUCUGAUAUACGGGCACAGGCAUAUCAAAUUAUUUUUCUUCUGUCAUUUUUUUCUUAUUUCAUAUAUGAAGGCGUCACCUGCUAUUUGUGGAGACUCGGGAAAAAAUGUUUGAUGAAUUUUUUUAGCAAGAGGUAUGUGUGUUGGGUGUGCACAACUUUACUUUCAUACAUACUCACAAUCCUAUUUUCGAAGUAUUUAUUCACUGACAUCUGUUACUAGCAUAGAACUAAAAAUAAAACAUGGCGGGUGGUGCCGACACUAAAGGCUGUCCUCUCACUAUUUUGGAAUUAUAAUCAAUUUUUUUCCUUACACAUUUACUUAAAGAAAUAUUUCGAAAAUGGGAUUGCAAAAGAAAUAUUACGUGCAUUUCCCAUCUGUAGACAUACUCAGAUUAUUUAACUUUCAAUGAUUUAUGUCGUUAUUUGUAAAACGUAAGUAUUUUGUGAGUGUAUGCCUGGUGUUUUACAAAUGUUAAAAUAAGACAUAUACUUAGUAAUUUUAUUUUUUUAAAUAAUAAUAAAUUUACAUUAAACAAAAAUAAUAGCAUGGAAAUGCGAAAACCCAACCUUAUAGAUGGAACCGAGUCUUAACAACUUCGAGCGGAGCCCGACAAAUCCAACCCUUUCAAAAAAAAAAUUAUAUAUCCCUUUGCAUAUUACGGCAGAUUGUAGUUUAGCACGUUCUUGGCUUACGAGUUCCAGCCCUGUCGUUAUACUGCAGUAAACCGUAGUAGCUCACGUUGAAGUCGCCAUCUUCACAGUAGAAGUUACCUACAGAUCACGGUGAACCGUCAUAACAGCUCACAUUUAAGUUGGCAUCUUCGUGGUAAAACUUGACUACUGGGGACUAGAGACUAAUACCGGAUAGCUCUAUUACUAGCAACACAGGCGAGAGUGAAAACUAACUUAGUGGCCAGAGGUCUGACUGCAAAAAUAUUUCAUAAAUAAGUCGUUAAAUUAUAUAAGCACUAUAUUAUGUGGUGUCAGACGAUUAACUUCUUUUUAAUAAAUUUGAAGCACUUGAGGCUUAUUUACCCCCAUAAAUCUGUUUCAUUUUUAGAUAGGUUUUUCUAAGAAAUAAGAAAGGUAUUUUUCGUUGUCAUAAUGUUGGUACCACGUGUAUUAAACAGAUACAAUAUUCGUCUGGCAUACCGUCUGCUAUCCAUCGGACUGACGUGACAACAACGCCAGGUUUUCACACAAAAAUCUUGGAGCUGUCCGGUGUUAGUCUCUUUCCCUUGAAGGAGUUUAGUGAAAGUGGGUAAGAGUGGUCGUAUCACUGACCAAAUUUUGGAAGACGAGAAAAUGUAACAGCAGUUGUCUUUUGCAGUGCUAGCGGCGUGUUCAAUUUGGUUCAAUUAUCAAGUUCGUUAAGCCUUACAUAGUAACAGGAGACAACGCAAAUAUUUAGGUUCCUACCUACAGAGAUGGCAUCAUUGUUGUGCCCUAGACCCGAUGUAUCUGUAGACAUUGCACCGUCUUCUUCGUGAUAACAUACAGGAUGAAUAACGAAGAAUGCAUUUACUUACAGUACUUAUUCCUUAAAUUAUUUGGAGCAAAAUAUGCCAUAAAAAUAUGAGUUCUAUUCUCAAUACUUACAGAGAAAUGCUAAAAAUUACGAAUACAAUAAAAACCCAUUCAGUGUCUAAUACAGUUACGUAUUAUAAGUGUGGUUAACAUUUUAGCACCAAAACUACGUGUAACAAGUUUACAAAAGAUGUUUAGAAUGUUUUAAUCUACUUCUUUACACUUGUCUUUACGCACACCUUUGUUGCUCUAUGUGUCUGCUUUAAGUCUGUCUUUGAGUACUGUGGCGUCUCGCGUGAAACGUGUGUGUCCAGUCUUUGCUACAUUCCGGUAUACGAUAAGCUGUUCAUUGUAAGGCAUUUCCAACUUUUCGUAUUACUCUGUCGACAUUUGUAACAGGGCACACAUAUAUGUGUCAUAUUUUGCCCUGAAUGGUGUAGGCAUAAGGAAAAAGCCCAAUGAGUGGGGGAGAUACAUUUGUGAAUUGAACGGUAUACCGACAUUGUCAUUGUCCUAAAGUAAACCGACUUUCAGUUCCUACCGAAACGACCUGAAGAUGGCUUCUUUGACGUCAGUCUAAACUCGGUUUGCUGCUGCCACACAGGCGCUGCCUGAACUCGGAGAAGCCGACGUGCAUCUAGACGACGGCCUCGGAGCCCGCGAACUCCACUAAGAGUAGUCUAGUGUCGUCUAGUCAUCGACCACUCUGCGAACUGCACCAGUCGUCUUACACGAACUGAACACCGAUUUUUUUCAUAUCAGUAUUACCACGUUAGUUACCUAUCAGCGACCGCGCGUGGGGAUAUUUCCAUCUCCGUGGAUGCGCCAUUGCAGUCGUGGUCAUGUAAGCCAUCGCUUUAGUCGUUACUAUGUUUCUAAGUUAUUAGUCUGAAGAGACUGGAGUGUGUUUUGUAUAGAUAUAAAACGUUAUUAGUUGUAAAAAAAAGUAAGUUGUGCCAAAAUUGUUUCAUAAAGAUGAAAUGUUGUUUGCAAAUAUUUUAAAUAAAUAAUACCGUCAGCAA